CUCCGCUCCCCUCCCCGGCUCGAUCCCGGCCGUGUCCCGCCCGGGCCCUCCGCGGCGGCGGGAGCUGCCAUGAGGCCGGCGCCGCGCUCCCGGCAGGAGACCUUGGCCCUGCGGCGGCAGCUCAUCGGCUCCUCUUGCAAGCUGUUCUUCUCUAAUGAGCCGCUGAAGAUCAUCAGGGCCAAAGGCCAGUACGUGUAUGAUGAGAAGGGAAGGCAAUACCUUGACUGCAUAAACAACGUUGCUCAUGUUGGACAUUGUCAUCCAGCUGUAGUAAAAGCAGCCCACGAGCAGAACCAGCUGUUAAAUACAAACUCUCGCUAUCUCCACGACAACCUGGUUGACUAUGCAGAAAGACUUUCAAAAACACUGCCUGAGAAGUUGUGUGUCUUCUACUUUUUGAAUUCUGGGUCUGAAGCCAACGACCUUGCCCUACGGUUGGCACGGCAGUACACAAAACAUGAGGAUGUUGUUGUUUUAGACCAUGCUUACCAUGGACAUCUGACAUCCUUGAUUGACAUAAGCCCAUAUAAAUUCAGAAAUCUAGGAGGACAAAAGGAAUGGGUCCAUGUGGCUCCUGUUCCAGACACAUACAGAGGACUUUAUAGAGAAGAUCAUGAAGAUUCAGUAACAGCCUAUGCUAAUGAAGUGAAAAAUAUUAUUGAGCAAGCACAUAAGAGAGACAGGAAGAUUGCUGCAUUCUUUGCUGAAUCCCUGCCAAGUGUGGGUGGUCAAAUCAUUCCCCCAGCAGGCUACUUUCAGAAGGUUGCAGAGCAUGUGCACAAGGCAGGAGGUGUAUUCAUUGCUGAUGAAAUUCAAGUUGGCUUUGGCAGGGUUGGCAAGCACUUUUGGGCAUUCCAGCUUCAAGGAGAAGAUUUUGCACCUGAUAUUGUCACUAUGGGGAAACCAAUAGGAAAUGGGCACCCCAUUGCCUGUGUAGCAACAACAAAAGAAGUUGCAGAAGCAUUUGCAGCCACAGGAGUAGAGUAUUUUAAUACAUUUGGAGGAAACCCUGUUUCAUGUGCAAUUGGAUUAGCUGUGUUAGAUGUGAUUGAGAAGGAAAACCUUCAGGCUCAUGCCACAGAAGUAGGCAACUUCUUGAUGAAGCUACUCAAUGAGCAGAAAAUGAAGCAUCCUCUGAUUGGUGAUGUCAGGGGUUCUGGCUUAUUCAUUGGAGUAGACUUAAUCAAGGAUCAAGCAGAAAGGACCCCAGCCACAGCAGAAGCUGAGUAUCUAGUAACAAGACUUAAGGAAGAAUAUAUUCUACUGAGUACAGAUGGGCCAGGAAGAAAUGUACUUAAAUUCAAGCCCCCAAUGUGCUUCAGUAUGGAGGAUGCCACCUUUGUGGUGGACACAAUUGACAAGCUACUAACAGAUAUGGAAAAGGAACAUCUGAACCAACAGGAAACAUCCACCACUUCUACCUGAGCAGGUUUCAAACAAUGUUCAAGAUCUACUACUAAGAAACAUUAUUCUACUAUAAUAAUGCACACUUAAUCUUCAUCCUAGCAUGUCUUAGACCAGAUAAGUUACCUUUAAAUUUGUUAUUUUCAGUUAUCUUGUUGUUAGUAAAAGCUUUAGGAGAAAUAAAUAUUAGAACAGCUUGUUUCAACUCUGCCAGAAGUGUGGAAUGGAAUUUUAUUUAAAACAGCUUAUCUAAAACUGGUUAUUAUAAAGGAAUGUAUUUCUAGUAGCUACUAUAAAUACAUUGAAGUGUUUGCUCUUUCAUGUUACUUCAGUAAGUUAAGAUGAGCCAAUGGUGUCUCUUACAUCUGCUGCUAACCAAUGCAAAUGCCAUUCUAGCUGCCAGUGCACCCAGUCCUCCCUAAGCUCCUCUAACCAGUUUCAGUAGCCAGUUCCAGAACAAGGUCCCUAGUAACACUGCAUUCAAACACCAGUCUCAGCAUCCAGAUCAAGACAAAAACUUCAGUCCCAAAUUCGUAACAUUAGAAGCCUGAGGAACAGACAGCUGAGGGCCACAGCUCCCAAACCAGCUCUUAAAAAAAUACUGUCCUCAAGAAAUACCCAAGCAGGAUUAGUCCAUUGAGUACAUUACAGCCAUAACCAACAACCUUGUAUACAAGCCCUAGCUUUCAUCAGGCAACUGCAUGGUCUUUGUAUCACAAACUUUUCAUGCAAAGAGAGGGAAAGCCAGCUCUGCAUUUAAGUACCAGUAUCCUCAGCUUCCGCUUAAGGCCACAUAACCUGUCCAGGAAGCGUUACCGACUUCCAAAAACCAAAGGAACAGCCAGCUGACAAACUACUGCUAACACCUAGCCAGAAGUACUGCAGCAGUAUGGUCCUGCUACUAUGCAAACUCACUGUCAGAAGGUAAACUGUUUGCUAGAAAAAUACUUUGCUACCCCUUAUUUCAUAAGUAAGAGUAUGCAGUAAUGCAGUUCAACUUUUCAUCGAGACAGUGGUACUUCACUGUACUCAUGUAUUUCAGCGUUCUGCAAUUGUUAUUUGCAAGUAAGUUGGCCAUCAGGUUACAUACUCCAGCAGCUGUGAAGCUGUCAUGUCAACUAGCAGUUUUAAAAUCUGAUUCACCUGUCUUACGCUUCAGAUUUCCAUUUGAGCCCAGGAAAAGUCUUACAGACUUCUAACUUUACAGCAAGUUUUUUCUUUCCAAGGCCAGCCAGCAGGGAGCAGCAGAUCAGAGUCCCUGCAGGAACAGCUGCAUCCCUUGUUAAAAACUGAACAGGUCACUACUAACAUCUGUCAGAUUUUAUCUUUAAAAGGUAAGUGAAAAUCAAAUUGAUUAUUGCAACAAAGAUUGGAAGUUUACUUUGUGCAGCAGCACUUGCUGCUUCUCUGUAAGUCAGAGAUAGAGACUGUUCUGCAGCAAGACAGGAAAACUCACAUGAUAGUUAUUGCCUGAAAACAGUGAUAAAGUAGUCCAAAAAAGGAAAGGUUAUUUCUAGCUGGCCACUCAUCUCUAGAGAAAGAGGUUUUGUGUUUGGUUAUGUGUUUUGGGUUUUUUUUUCCACCAAGUGUAGUGGAAGUUCUUUUAGCCUGUUUUGAUACACAAAAAGGCUGCCAAAAUUCAGGCUUUGCAUUGGUAAUUUCAUGUCUAACCUGCCUUUCAAGGCUAUUAAGGACAUGCAUGCUGUUAAGGACUUGUAGAGAAGUUUUAGGCUCGACAGUGACACAUGAAGUGCAGCCAGCUUCUUGCAUAACUCUUAGCUUCCUCCUGCCAUGCUGUCUAGACUCCCAUGCCCUCCCUGAAGCCUCUGCCUCCGGCUCCUCCUAGCAGAGCCCUACAAUACAGACACUACCACAGUUAGGCUGAGCCUGUGCCUAUCUAGAACAUGAGCCACCAGCACAGCCUCUGUAAGAGCUGGGGCUUUCUACCCAAGUUUUUCUCCAUAACCUCCAGGCAGAAGUGACUGCAGUUUCCAGCUGCCACUUCACUGCCAGUGAGCACAACUACCAAUACAGCCUUCUAGUUUUAAGAUUAAAAAAA